AUGGCGGACACGUUGGCUUUACCUGUCAACCAGAGAGUGAUACGUGAUCGUUUGCAUGCUUGGGAAUCAACCACUGAAUCCACAGCUCCACUUACUGGCACUCAGAAGGAUGCUUUGUUGGAAUUGACAUCAAAAACGUCAGAAAGGCCAUUUCCUAAAGAUCUUCCAGAGGAUGAAGUUCCAUUUGCAAUGUCAAAAUCUCUGUCCUCUCAGUUGACUAGCGACGUCUACCAGGGAAACAAGGAUUUUACUCUGUCAGAUGACACAGAAAAAAUUGACACUGCUCAACAGUUUUUCUCCUGGUUUUCCACGGUGGAAGAAGACAUUGAGAGAGAUGAAGAGAUAACUUACAGACGUUACAUAGAGGAGCUUAGAGAAUAUCAGAAACAAUGUGAUCAAGUCCUGGAAGAAGUUGGGAGCGCUUUAGAUUACCUCUGCAGUCUCCAGGCCCACUACAUCCACGUCUCCACAAAAACAAACGCUCUCCAUGAUGCCUGCGAACAUCUGCUUGCAGAACAGACACGCCUCAUCAACACAGCAGAAAACAUCAGCAAUAAGUUGUCUUACUUCAAUGAGCUGGACCGAAUAUCUUCAAAACUUGGGUCUCCCACUCUAACUGUCACCAAUGAAUCCUUUGUGCCCAUGCUGUCCCGGUUAGAUGAGUGUAUACUGUAUAUAUCAAAUAAUGCACGCUGUAAGGAAUCUGCAAUUUACCUCACCAAGUUUAGACACUGCCUUGCUCGUGCUUUAAAUCUUAUUAAAUGUCAUGUGGUACACAUCUUACAAAUGGCUACACAGCAAGUGCAGCCAACUAAGGAUACUGUCAGUGUUGGUGACAAUGCCUUCACAUUAUUCUAUGGAAAGUUUCGAGCCAACGCUCCUCGCGUGAAAUCUCUGAUGGAGGAACUGGAACAGAGGGUAGAUAAAAGUCCAGAGUAUGUACAGAUACUAGCGGAUUGUCAUCAGUGUUACUUUCAACAGAGAGAGGUGCUGUUGGGACCAAGUGUGUCAUCGACUGUUACAGACCUGGCUACAAAACACGCUCGUGACCAUUGUGCUCUGAUGAGAAGUGGCUGUGCCUUUAUGGUCCAUGUAUGCGAGGACGAACAUCAACUCUACUUCAACUUUUUCUCCAAACCAACUGAAAGAUUAGAUGAGAUGUUAGAACACCUUUGUAACAGUCUGUAUGACAUGUUCCGACCUCUCAUCAUCCACAUCAACCACUUGGAAACAUUAGCAGAGUUAUGUUCCAUCCUCAAGAUAGAGAUGCUUGAGGAACAUGUACAGAAUAACGUGAAAGAGCUUGGAGCCUUUGAGACAAUCUGUAAGCAGAUGUUGAUGGAUGUACAAGAGCGACUUGUGUAUAGGACAUACAUUUGUAUCAAGGCUGACAUUCUCAACUAUAAUGCUGCCCAAGGUGACCUUGCUUACCCAGAGAAGCUGGAGAUGAUGGAGAGUAUAGCAGAGGGUAUUAAAAACAGUCAGAAUGCCAAGGAAAGGACAUCCUCAGUAUCGUCAGUGGGUGAAGGUCACAAAAGGUCACUCUCAAAUGUUUCCAAUACCAGUCUGGAGGUAGCUGAGAUUACAGAUGGUGAUCAGAAAGAGAUGGGCCCACCUAAUGUUGGAGGGGACCCACAACAUCCUCAGGGGACCUCCAUGCCUCUAUCUCCUGCUGACCUCCAUGGUAUGUGGUACCCGACAGUGCGCCGGACACUAGUCACCCUGUCUAAGCUCUACAGGUGUAUAGAUAAAACUACCUUCCAAGGUCUGUCUCAGGAGGCACUCCAGUCCUGUAUACAAAGUCUACAGAACGCCAAGGAUGGCAUCACAAAACGCAAGAAUGUAUUGGAUGGAGAGCUGUUCAUCAUCAAACACCUUCUGAUUUUACGUGAACAAAUUGCUCCUUUCCAAGCUGAUUUUUCUAUUAGGGAAACUUCACUUGAUUUCAGUAAAUUCAAAGACCUGAGUUUAUCACAAGCUGGGCAUAAGUUUUUGGGUGCAGCAUAUGGUCUUGUAAACAAUAAGUCCAGGCUGUUUGCUUUAAACAGCACCAAUGCAUUACUACAAUUCAUACUGGAGGGAACGCCACAAGUGACUGAAUAUUUUGUUGAUUCCAAGAGAGAUGUUGAUCAGCAAUUGAAGAAAAGUUGUGAAGAUUUCAUACACCAUGUUACUGGGCUGUUUACAGAACCACUUCAGACAUUUCUGUCCAGGGCGAGUGUAGUUAUUAGUAUGAAGACGGAGGAGCCGACCAGAAAUGUAACACUACGACAACAGCCCUUUGCCACGCCAGAGAAGUUACAUGAUGUCAUAGCAGAGACAUAUCGCAAUCUCAAGACACGUCUCCCCACAGUCCAACGAUCUAUGGCUCUGUACUUGGCCAACAGAGACACAGAGGUCAUUCUCUUCAAGCCAGUUAAGGUAAACAUUCAGCAAACAUUUCAACAAGUGGACAAGAUUUUGGCUGAUUAUUACACAGAGGAGGACAGACAGAUUGUGGCCUCUCCCAGCUCUGAACAGAUUAAUUUAUUGCUAUCAACAUCCAAGUCCUGAGGAGUGUAGGAACAGUGUUAAUAUCUGUGAUACCAGUCCCCUAUAGACACUACUACAAAGUCUGGCGAUCCCCAGGCAUCUUAUCAUUAUAGGGACAUUUUCAUGUGAUUUGUUGUUAUGAUGUCAGGUCUCUCAGUUAUGGUUCACAACUGUAAGCAAUAAGUUUUACUUACAGUAGUCUAAUUAGGUAGUGUGUAAACCACAUUUUUCAGAAUUUUUUACUGUAGACAUUAUAGAAGGCUUAAUUUCAUUCAAAUUGUGAGGGAUAAAACUUGAACAGAGGAUAAUAAUUAUUGAAGGAAAGAAAUAACAUGAUUAUGUAAAUUAAGUCAAACUUGUGCUGGAAGUCAACAGGAUAUGUUAUCACAAACAGAUACAAGAGAAGAAUUUGCUGGAACACAUAAACAAUCUUAAUUAAAAUGGGGUUUUGGUGUUAUCAGAAUUCAACAUGAUAAAGCUUCACUGCAUUUACUUUUCUAAAUUUUUCCCUGAUCAACACAACAUGUGAAAGGAAAAGAAAUAUUUUUGUCAUAAUUGCCAUUGACGCCUAAUAUGGAAAAGGUGGGUUAUUAUGUUGAAUGUAAUUAAUACCUAAUAGUACCCAGAUGUGUUAAUUACAUUGUUUAUUAUUUGGGUUAUUUUGUGUAAAUUUACAUAAUAGUAACCAGAGGUGAUAAUUUUUUUUAUUUUCUUUUGAAUUUUUUUUUUUUUUCAUGUAGAUUUAUAUAUAUAUAUAUGGCGUUAUGUUUAUGAUCAUAUCAGUACACAAUACUGUAAGGUAUAAGGACUAUAGAUAUUCAUAUUUAUGACUGACCUAUUGACGUGAUGUGCAAUACAUGAAUCAUGGGGACGGAGUAUGUUGUGAGGACUGUAUAACAAGAAUUGUUUGAUGUGGAGGAAACUUUAUUAUUGUCAUAGCUAAGUAAAUCUUGAAACACUUUUUCUUCAGGUAUUUAUUUUGCAUGAUAGGUUUACCAUCCUAAUCUCGACAUGACUAGAAAUUAUAUUUACUUUAGAAAAGCAAUAUCUACUGAUGUUUAAAGGUCAUCUGACCCAAAAGGUCAUGGUAACCAAUAGCCUUUGUGCUUCGUCUGUCGUCAUCCGCCGUGAAUAAACUUUUGACAUUUUAAACUUCAUCUUAAGUUCCACCAGUUGGAUUGAUCUCCAACUUGCAUGAAAUGAUCCCGAGAUGGUCCUGACUAAGUGUUGUUAUUUUUCUGGAUGGUCUGAAAUCCAAGAUAGAAGCCAUCUUGAAAAAAACAUAUUUUAAACUAUUUCCAGUUCCCCUGGUGCCAUUGGGCUAAAAACUUGUGGGAAUGUUAAAGAAAGGUAGCCAAUAAAGUGUUGUUAUUUUUCGUCAAAACUUUGACAUGGAAGCAAGGGAGGUAAUUCUCUAACAUGAUUGUGCAAUCAUAGUUUUCCUUUGCAACACUAAUUUCAAAAUUUCACCAGUAGCAUUGAACUCCAACUUUACAGUCAAAAUGUAGGUAAGGCUUCUUACAAUUACCUAUUGCUCACCAAACCUACCAUCUUCAUCAUGGAAAACAGCUUGUAAGUAAGUUUUCAUUCAAAGAAGAAAAAAUAACCCUUCUCCCUACUGAAAUUUUUUGUAGUCAGAUGACCGUUAAGGCCCUUAGGCCUCUUGUUUUAAUAGUGAGGGAGGUUAUUUUGAUGGAAAUUAUGUUUUUUCAUUUAAUAUAUGAGUAUUGUUGAUUUAAACGUAAAGAUGGUACAUUGUAAUACAGAUGGUCUAGCACUGUAAAUGAAACUCUAGCUGAGGAAAGAUAUGGUUAUAUUAGAGGGAUGUAUAUGUGUGCAAUGAUAAGGCCUUUGUGAUUGUGCUAUAACUUACAUUGUAUAGAAUGAUGUAUGAAAACUUAGUUUUGCUUGCUUAUUUAUAUGAUUUGCUUGUAACUGAGGAAGUUGAUACCUGGUGAUUAUUUCAGAUAAUUCCACUUGUAAGAAAAUUAGAGUCUACAUCCGUACACUAUUACUGCAACACACCUUUUAUCAUGUGUGUUGUCAAAUGUUAAUAAGAAAUUCCAAAUACAAUAGCAGAAUUUAAUUACAAAUAAAUCAAUUAUUACAGACAUGCUAAGGAUUGUAAACAAUAAUAUGUUAUCAUACUUUAGCUUUUGGUGCAUAAGAACAUGUAAAUUAUUUAUCAUUAAUCAGUUACUGGUUAAGUAUAUUGUUUCUUGUUACAAAUAUUAAAUGUGUACAAAUCCAUUCAUGUCAUUAAUUGGUUGGGAUGCAAUAGAUUUUAGCACACCAAGGAAUUAUCCUGGAUCAAGGUCUGUCCUUUAUUUGUUAGGUUUGUGUGAUUGAGUUUUAAGUAGAACAGGCUCUUGGACGGACCAAAAUAUCAAGGUUUUUAUAUAUAUGUUACUUAUGUGAUGGUCUGAGUGUAUUAUUUACUAUCUAGCAGCUGUUACUGUAUAGUUUUCACUGGGUAAAUUUUAUACUUGGAAAAUUAAAGAUAAUGUGAUGGAAACAA